AGAGUCAGUCGUGGUUCAACCAUCGUCGAGACUGGAGCUCCCUGUCGUUCAAUAGUGACCCCUUCCAGCAAAAAAAAAAACCAAAACAAAACAAAAGUUUUUUCUCAAAUAUCGCCGAUAACUAAAUCGCCAAUCGGACGAACGUUAAUCGAAACUCCAUUCCCGGAUUAGAAAGUUAACUAAAAAAACAGCCAGAUGAUCGAUUCUGAAAGUGUUUGGUGAAUCCAUUACGAUUUUAUAUUCCCAAUCUUCUCGCUGUUUCAAAAAAAAAAAAAAGGAAAGGAACAAUCCGUUAGAAUCAUGGAGGAUUCUUUGACGAGUAGCGCCAAUCAAUGGAAUAACACGCCGGCGGCGGACGUUUACAACGAGAGCGUCAUAUCCGCUCAUCAUCCGAUCCGCUAUCCGCGUGAGGCUUCCUACUUUGCGGCCGCUUGUGCCAUCCUCUUCGUUCUCAUCGGCAUUGGUGGUAAUUCACUGACUGUGGCGGCUUUGGUUCGCAAGCCGAAAUUGCGAUCGCACGCCACGACGGCGUUCGUCCUCAGUCUGGCCGGCUCCGACUUGCUCUUCUGCGCCUUCAACCUGCCGCUGACGGCGUCGCGCUACAUCUACGAGUCUUGGAUCUUAGGCGACACCCUCUGUCGCCUCUUUCCGUUCUUCUUCUAUGGCAACGUGGCUGCUUCCCUCUUCAGCAUGGUGCUCAUCACCAUCAACCGGUAUAUAUUGAUUGCUUCGCCUUCGUGGUAUGAUAAGAUCUACCGGCGGCCAUUCAUUGUGCUGAUGAUCCUCAGCUCGUGGCUGUUUAGCUUCUUGAUGAUGACGCCUCCGUUGUUGGGCAUCUGGGGAGACUUGGGCCUCAAUCCGGCCACGUUUUCGUGCACUAUUCUACCAGGAGAAGACGGCAAGUCGCCGAAGAAGUUCUUCUUCGCUUUCGGCUUCCUCAUCCCUUGUUUAACAAUCAUUGUUUCGUACACGUGCAUCUUCAUCAAAGUGAAACAGUCGAGACGAAACGUCAUGGCUCACAGCCCGGAAUCGAACGGAAACAGACAGGAAGAGGCCAAUGUUCCGGCUAUUAAACCGGUGAAAAAGAGCAAAAAGAGCUCGUCGGAGAAACAUCAGAGACGGGAUGACCUGCGACUUACCCGCAUGAUGCUCAUCAUCUUUUGCUGCUUCCUGCUCUGCUUCCUGCCGCUGAUGGUGGUCAACGUGGCUGAUGACGAGAAAAAGACCAAAGUACCCGUCAUUCACGUGAUGGCUUCCAUCCUGGCCUGGGCGUCCAGUGUCAUCAAUCCCUUCAUCUACGCGUUUUCGAAUCGGCAAUAUCGCUCAGCUUACCGCCAAUUGCUGUGCGGAUCGUCUCGUUCGGCUCGGCUCACUUCCCAAACGCAGACGUCCCGUUCGUCCGGCCGCACUUUCCUGACAGACAUGCUCCAUUACACGGCCCACGCGGACAAAGUGAAAGUCAUCAGAGCUUCUAAUAUUCACAGUAGUGUUGCCAAUAAAGAGGAAAGGCGAUCAACAGCAGUUACCCAGGGUUUGAAAAUGGCCCUUCCAUUUUGUUUUUGUGUGUGCGGAUUAACAAACAAGGAGGAAGGAAAAGUGAAGAAUUAAGAACCCAGUGUACAUACAUAUUUCAUCGGGCGUAAUUCUCUCUAGUUUAAGAGAGAAAAAAAAAAUUUGAUUGAUUUUGGUAAUUUUUUUUUUGUUUUGUUUGGUGGGGAUAAUUGAAAAAUGUCGUUUAAUUGUCGCGUGAAAAUUUACUAUUAAGCGCAUCCUACUCUUGUUCUCCUGGUCGAGAGAGAGAGAGAGACACGCCAACGGGCGAGAAGUUCGUUUACAUUUUUAACACAUAAUAUUGAAAAAGAAAAAUACAAAAUAAAAGAAGCGAAAGAAAGAAAACUUAAAGAAAAAAAAAAAAAUGACGAAGACACGUUCGUGUAUGUUUCUUUUCUCCUGUAUGUUUUCCUCGUAAACUAUGUUGUAUACACAUGACAUGUAACUCUA